CUAGAGAGUUAGCAGCAGCGGGAGAAGGAAAAAGAACAAUAGGACGGCCUCCUCGUCCUUGGCAACAACUAGCUCUUCUUCUUCCUCUCACAUUUACACCUCAAACUAGCUCUAAAUCUCCACAAAUUCGUACAUUAAAAGGCAGCCAUAUAAGAACCCCAAAAUCAGCCAUCUUCACCACCAAAAUCCACCCCAAACCCAGCUGAAAAUAGCCCCCAAAACCACCAAAAAUCAGCUCCUUUCUUCCAGCAAAAACUACCCCAAAACCCCAGCGAAAAUCAGCCAAAAAGACCUCAAAACAUGCACCAAAAACGAGCUGAAAACUGUCCCUAAACCAGCCUUGAAACCACCUCAAAGAAACUUCAAAAAAGUCCAAACUCCAGCCAAAAAACGCACUAAACUUCAGCCAUUCUGAAAAUCGGUCCAAAUCUCAAUCAAAAGGCGGCCAAAACGCAGCAGAAGACAACCAUUAGAGCAGCUCCAAAUUACCAUGUAAAUACCCAGAAAAUACCACCUGUGUCUUCACCCUUUUGUUGUGCGAGAUCGACUUUUGAGACACCGACGAGUUUCGGUCGAGGUCCGAGGUCCGUCGGGAUCUUUCUCGCUGCUUUGAUUUCUCUGUACCAAAGAGGUAUUGUAAAGCAUCUGGAGGUUCAUAUUGAUAUAUUCAUAAACCUUCAAAGAAGUUUGAACACCAGGACACGGGGAACCAAAAUUAAUUCCACAAGGCUUCUGAAAUUAGAGACAAGACAAGCAUUGCAUUACAUAAGAAUAAGAAGAAUGAGCAAAGCAGGUACACCUGAUUUUUUCUACAGGGAAGCUCAGCGCCUUGGUUAUGCUGCUCGCUCUGCAUUCAAGUUGCUUCAGAUGCAGAAACAGUACAAAUUGAUAACCCCUGGUUCUUCUGUGCUUGAUCUUGGAUGUGCUCCUGGCGCAUGGCUUCAGGUGGCAUGUCAGAGCUUGGGCCCACUGAAAAAUGGAGGUGCUGUUGUCGGAAUUGAUCUCAAGAAGGUAAAGGUUCCUCCUAUGCACUGUGAUUCAAGAGUACAAACUGUUUGUGCUGAUGCUCUCAACCUUCCCAAGAACAAACUCAAGGCUCUUUCUCCUCAGCAAAAAGGAUUUGGUGUCAUACUGUCUGAUAUGUGCCCAUUAGUUUCUGGAAUCAGCAUAAGAGAUGCAGCUUUAUCCGCUGAACUGGGUAUGCGAGCUCUUGAUUUGGCUGUUGGCGGGGUUUCCCUAUUGCAUUCAGAUGAUAUCGUACAAGGGGAGGGACGAUCAGAGUGCUCAAAUUCAACCCCAAAGAAUGAUGGUUUACUGCAACCCGGGGGCCAUCUUGUCAUUAAGCUUUUAGAAAGUGAAGAUGUGAAAGAAUUUGGGCAGUUAUGCAAACCACUCUUCAAAAAGGCAGCAUGGUUGAGGCCAAAAGCAACUAGGUCAUGUUCAAAGGAGAUAUAUCUUAUUUGUCAAGGAUUGUUGUGAAUUGAGAAAAUUUUGUAUCAAUAUCAAACUCCCAAUAUGCCUGGAUCAUGAAUACAAGUUAUAUAUCUUACAUAUA